AUACUCACCAAAACACCCCAAUUAGAUAGUGCAUGUAUAUUAUAAAAGUGAAGGAUAUAUAAGCACAGUUCAAAACUGAAUAACAGACACUGCUAAGAACAUGGGCAGAUUGGGCUAGCAGAUAUAGUAUAGCUGUUGGGGUGGCUCAAGGACUGUCUUUUCUUCACGGAUUUGCCUCUAGUCCAAUACUACUCCUUGACCUAUCAAGUAAAAGUAUUAUGCUGAAGUCUCUUACGGAGCCUCUAGUUGGGGAUAUUGAACACUACAAUGUGAUUGAUCCCUCAAAGAGUACAGGGAAUUUUUAUGCAGUUGUUGGUUCUGUUGGUUAUAUUCCUCCAGAGUAUGCAUACAUAAUGACAGUUACAAUGGCUGGGAAUGUCUACAGUUUUGGUGUCAUUCUGCUUGAACUGCUAACUGGAAAACCUGCAGUCACUGAUGGAUUGGAAUUGGUCAAGUGGGUUUUAAGUAAUCCAACAAACCAAGAUUACAUUCUUGAUUUUAAUGUCAGCAGAACAUCAGAAGCCAUUAGAAACCAUAUGCUUGCAAUUCUCAAUAUUGCUCUUGUUUGUGUUAGUACAUCCCCAGAAGCAAGACCAACAAUGAAGAGUGUGCUAGAGAUGCUUCUAAAUACCAGAUGAAGUCAAACUCUUCAGGGUUGAAAAAAUCUUCAAAAGAGUUUUUUUUUUUUUCUUCUAUAUUUUGGGUGAUGCUUAAGUCUAUAAUAUAUACGAAAGGUAGAAUAAAUGAAGGGAAAGGGUCAGCAUAAUUCUUCCAUGCUGUGUAACAAUGUACAUGAAUUAGUUUAGCUUAAUUAUUAAUUUAGUCUUUAUACUUGUC